AUGUCUAAACCAACAGAAGAGUCAGAGAUCUUCUAUAAAAAACUUCAGAACACUGUUAAUAAAAUAAACAAUGGGCAUAAAAUUGUCAUUCUCGGGGACCUUAACGCCCGCAUAGGAAAUGAGAAGAUGCGAGGUGUAAAGCAAAGAUUCAACGAGGCAGUAAUUAACAAAAACGGCGAACUCCUGAUUGACUUCUGCGCAAGAAAUGAAAUGAGAAUAAAUAAUACUUUUUUCUCACACCAGAACCAGCAUAAAUACACAUUUAAUAACACCAGAGGCCAACGAUCAACGAUUGAUUUCAUAAUUACGAAUAGAGUCAUCACACCAUCACAAGUUCUUGACGUCAGAGCAUUAACAUCAGCCAAUAUAGGAACAGAUCACAACCUAAUUUUAUUCAAGAUUCUGCUGGAACGCCCUCAAACUGCCAGAGUACAUAGAAAAAGUACGCGAACACUCUUUGAAAGUAGACCAACUAACAAAUUAGAAAGGUGUAACAUUGCACCCAAUUGGGAUAUCGAAGGUCACUGGCUGAAAAUCGAGAACUUCAUAGAACAGGCCGCCGAGGAAGCCAUAGGAAAACGGAAGAUAAACAUAAACGCAAAUAACCGCACUAAGCCAUGGUUCUGCCAGGAGGUGAAACAACUCGCAGACAUCAAAAGAAGCAGCUAUCUGAAGUACAAGAGUAGAAACAGAGUAAACUCAAAAAUAAAAGAAAUUAAACGAGAAUAUUGGAUUAAGUUUACUGCCGACAUGGAAUACGAUAUGUAUGGCGCACAGAGAAAUGUAUGGAAACUGCUCAAAAACAGGAAAAAGCCAGUGUAUGAGUAUGCACAAACCAAAGAAAUGUCUAUGGAAACCUGGGAGGCAUACUUCAGACAGCUUUACAAAUUUGAAGAAACAGUAAAUUUUGAAGCACACGAAACUGUAUCUAACGCUACGAUCGACGAAACGGAAAUAGUACUUAGAUUGAAGAAACUGAAAUACAAGAAAGCUGCGGGACCAGACAAUACACCUAACGAGCUUCUAAAAUAUGGCGGACAAGAACUUACGAGACAACUAUGCUUAUUGUUUAACAAUAUUCUGCGCACAGCACAAAUAUUGAAGAACAAGCUAGAAGAACACAUAGAAAAAAGCGAAGAACAACAAGGGUUUAGGAGGAACAGAUCAACAACAGACGCUAUAUUUAUUGUCAAACAAAUAAAGGAAAAGGCUAUAGAAUUCAACACACCGGCUUGCUAUCGAACACAAAAUCAUAGAACAAGUAUUACAAUUUAA